AUGUUGCAGUAGAACAAUACUUAAGCAGAAAAUUUCCAGUAAGACUCCUAAGAUGAAACUAAAUCUAAUAUUUCCUCAACAUUCACGUUGUUUGAUCUGAAGAAAUCAAUGUCAAUUUUGAGAGACCUCUAUGGAGUACCGAUUUGCGAAUAACCAUUGGUCACUGAAGAUGAGAGAAUCGAGAAAUAUUUGGCCUUGCGUGAUCUAAAAGAAUUUCUAGAGUCUUCUCAGGAUUAAGAUUCAAUGAGAGUGCUUUAGAACAGAUAAAUACUUAGUUAAUUAUCGAAAUAAGUGACAUUAGACGAGCUAAAACCAUUAGAAUAUGAUUCUGACGAAGAAUUCAUAAAAAUUGACACAUCGAUCUAAUUGUCUUAACACAUUGGAGAGCCAAUGAUGGACAUCUUUUAGUAGCAAUUGGAUGAAAAUGGGCAUUUAUUAAUAGAAAUCGAAGGCAUUAAUCAUAAUAUGUCUGAUGAAGCGCAAGUCAAACUUUACAUCGAGCAACUUAAGGAUCUAUUUAAAAGAGAAAGAGGCAAAGACUCAAUAAAAAAGAAUAAUUUGGGAGAUAUAUUCAGCACAUAGAUUGAAACAUCAAUCAUACUAUAAUCACACUUACUACCAUAAAAUGAGUAUGAGCGUAUUGAUAAACAUCAAACCAUUAUUUAUGGAAACGUUAAGGCUUUAAUCCCUAUGUUUAGAGAGAAACUGCAGGUUGAACACCUACCUACUGAAGAUGAAACUACAUUUAAGACCAGAUAUAAACGAGGCAACUAAGCUAGCAUCAUGGAUAAGAGGAUAUUCGGUAUACUUACAAGAUAUCAAGUCGGAUAUGUUCCAGGAGUAGAUAUUUGCUUUACUGAGGAUGAUCAAACAUUCGUUAGAGAUUCUUACGUUUUCAAAAGUUUGAUUUCUAAGAAUCUCUAUGAGCAACAAAAUUUAAAUGAUGAUCAGAUUGAGACAGUAAGAGUAAGCAUUGAACAAGAAAAAUUCAGACUCAAUUGCUAUAAUGAUUAUUCUUAUGAAGCAAUCAAGGAUGAUAAUCAGUAGCACUAUGUUAGAGUAGCUACACUCAAUCAGAUAGAAACAUUCCAUCGAUAUCUUAUGAAUGAUCUCUAUAAAGAAGAGAAAGCAAUUAAUUUUAGUAAAGCAUUUACUCAAGGAAGAGAACUUGAUAAAAAAUAUUACUUUGUUCCUUUAAGACUUGUUCCAAACCCUAAUAGUAAUACUCUGGAAUAUACGAUUGAUAGGAAAUUAUUAUCAAAGGUUGAAAAACUAAGUUAAGAAGGCUAUAGAUCAUGCUAAAUACCAAUCAUUGAUGAAAUAAAGGUAAAAGGAAUCUAAACAUUGUAGGAAAGGCUUGAUUACUUAAAUAAAUAUAUUCUUGUGAAAGAAGAUAAGCCUCACAGAUGCUAUCAUUUCCAUACAAUACUUGAAGACCUCAAUUAACUCUCUGCUGAAGAAUUAGUUAAAGCCAUUAAGGGGUCUACUGAUAAUCUAGUGUGUAAAACUGCUUAUGAACUCUUGUUUAAUGCCGCCACUAGAUUCUAGUCUAUUAAUUCAUUCAGAUAAAGUUUAGUUGAGGGUCAUAUCGGAGAUAGACAAAAGAUUGAGACCUCUCCUAUAAUGCUAUUAGAUCCUGCAAAAGUUAUUUCUCAUUUUAAGUUCAAAUACUCAUUGGACUAAUGCCCUAAAAAUAUUAUCAGCUCUAAGAAUCAAUAUAAAAAGAGAUUCAAAGCGAAGAAUAACUUAACUACUUCUUAAGGAAAACCUAUUUUCUCCUCGUUCAACAUUUUUAAGCAUUAUAUGAAUAUCAUUCACUGGAAAAGAGCCAGUCAACUCCCUUUAAUAAUGCAAUUCUUCGAAAGAUCCCUCUACUGCCAUCAACUAACAGCAGAGUUAGGAACAUACAUACAUCCAGAGUUCGUACUAUGGGCAACUUCUGCACCUGAUAACAAAGCUUCUAAAAAGUCUUAUGAAACACUAGAAACCUAUGGAGACACCAUACUCAAACUUGCAGCGACACUUUUAUCUUACUUUCAUCUUUAAAAUGAGCAAGAUGCGGAUGAAUCAAAGAUUGAUUAACUCAAGAUAGUAUUCAUCACUAAUCUUUAUCUGCUUAGAGUUGGAAAAAGACUAAAGUUAAGCAAGUAUAUAAGAAAUAAUGAAUAGGAUUUGAAUAAAUGGAGUCCACCUUUUUCUGAAUAAGUUUAGUAAACAGAAAAUCUAUCUUGCACUGGUAAAAAUGUGGCAGACUGUGUAGAAAGCAUAAUCGGAGCACAUUUCAUGACUAAUAAUGUGAGAAGAACAUUUGAACUAAUUUCUAAUAUGAAGAUAGUGCCCCUUGUAUAAGCACAUUUGAUUGACAUGUUUCCAGAUAAAGAUCUAACAUUUGUCCUUAGUUAGGAACUUGAUGAUUAUAAGUUUGAUAUCGAGAAUGACAAAGUUGAGGACAUUUAUAGAAAGUAUGUAGAAGUUCAUAUGAUUGACCAAAACAUCUAAAAUUAUCUUCACAGCAUUAUUAGAAAAGAUAAGCCAGUUGAUAGAUUCGGUUCUGCUUACUUUGACUACUUAUCAUCUCAAAAUAUAAAGGAUAAAUUAUGCUCUGAGAUUGAACAAGAUCUAAUUCAACUACUUUCCCCAGUUGAAGAUAUAAUAAACUAUAAGUUCUAAAAUAAGAAAUUAUUGUUAGAAGCCUUAACUCAUAAGACUUUCAAAGAUAAUUAUGGCUUGACAUUAUUUUAUGAAAAACUUGAAGUCCUUGGAGAUGCCAUUUUAGACUAUUUAGCAAACUCUAACUUGAUAAAGUAUACUAUUCUUGAGAAAUAUAACCUGAAAGAGAGACUCUCCUAACAGUAUAUUACCUCAGAGGACUUCCAGCCAUUUGAUGCUCAUUAAGCCAAAUCCUUGCUGACUAAGAAUGAUUUUCUUGCCAAAUUGGUAUGCCUAUUCGGUAUACAUAAGUAUAUUCUUUACUUUAAGCCAAAGUAAAUGAUGCCAGCAGAAUUGAAAGAGAAUUUGAUAUUGGAAAAUAAUGGGGAAUUUGAACCUUGGAAGUAUGCAAAGAAGCUUAAAGAGCUUGGAAAUCAAGUUGACUUUGAUAAGUAUAUCAGAUAUUCAUUUAAAUAAGAUUUCUUAAUUAAUGGCAAAGAAACUGAAAUAUAUGAAGCGCCUAAGAUUCUGGGUGAUAUAUUUGAAUCUCUCGUUGGAGCGAUAUUCAUUGAUGGAGGAAUAGAGAAAGUUCUAGAUGUUUAUCAACACCUGCUCUCACCUUUCAUUUUAUUUGUGGCCAAAUUUAGCAAGAAACUAAACAAAGAACCUAAGGAGGACUUUAUGAUUCAAGCUAAUUUGCUUAGAAUAAAGCCAGUAUUUAAACAUCAAGAACUAAAUGUCACUGAUAUUUCUUAGUAUAUAGCAUUUGAUAAUUUCAAGGAUAGUGAUGACUCUCUUUUUAAUAAUGGUUUGGCUUAGAGUGAAGAAGAGUCUAUGACUAUGACUCAUAAACUAUUUAAAGUUGAUAUAAUAUUCAAUAAUAAUGAAGUGAUGACCUCUGGCAUAGGGAAUACUAGAAAAUAAGCUGAGAGAAAUGCAAGUAUUAUGGGAUAAAAGUGGCUUUUGGAUAAUACUAAGCAAAGCUAAAAUAUUGAGAACAUUUUGAAUGAGUUUAUGUAGGAUAUUUGA